UACCCCCUUAAUCUUCUUCAUCUUCUCUUCUCUACGCUUCUCCUCCUUCUAUUCCACACUUGUGCUCAAAACAAUAAUGCUACUAUAGGUGUUGGCACCACCCUUAAAGCAACUACUGCCACCACCAAACCAUGGGUCUCAUCACCUUCUGGCGAUUUUGCAUUUGGAUUCCAGCAGCUUCAAGGCACAGAUGAGUUCUUGCUAUGCAUAUGGUAUGCCAAACUAGACGAACGUACCAUUGUUUGGCAUGCUAAUACUUCUGCAGCCCCAGAAGGAUCAACUGUGGGGCUUGAAGCUGAUUCUCCGUGACCCUCAAGGCAACAAACUAUGGACGCCUGAUGGGUUAAGUGAAUUUAGUCAAGUUAAUCAUGGGUUUCUGAAUGAUACGGGGAAUCUUGUCCUUGUGGGAAGGGAUUCUAAAGUGGUGUGGGAGACCUUUGCCCAUCCAACUGAUACUUUGUUGCCCACCCAGGAGAUGGGCAUUGGCGGCAUGCUCGUCUCUAAGUGCAAUCAAACCUGCAUCACUUCUCCUAUAAGGAGCUUGUAGAAGCUACAAAUGGGUUCAAGGAAGAACUAGGCAGAGGCGCUUCUGCAAUUGUAUAUAAAGGGGAAAUAAUAAUGUCAUCAGUGCAGGGUUCCAGAAACAUUGUUGCAGUGAAGAAGCUAGAUCGAGUAGCUCAUGAUUCAGGAAAGGAGUUCAUGUCCGAGGUAACUGUGAUUGCCCAAACGCACCACAAACAUUUGGUUCGCCUACUCGGGUACUGCGAUGAGGAACAACAUCAAAUCCUGGUUUAUGAGUACAUGAGCAAUGGCACUCUAGCAAGCUUCCUUUUCGGCGAUCUGACACCUAGUUGGAGCCAGAGAACCAAAAUCGCCCUAGGCAUAGCUCGCGGCCUCACUUACCUACACGAAGAAUGUAGCACCCAAAUCAUUCAUUGCGAUAUCAAGCCUCAGAAUAUCCUUCUGGAUGAUUACUACAAUGCUCGGAUCUCAGAUUUCGGGCUAGCAAAACUUCUGAAGAUGAAUGAAAGUCGAACCCAAACUAACAUUCGGGGGACAAAAGGUUAUGUUGCUCCCGAAUGGUUCAGGAACAAUCAGAGGCGGAGCCAGAAAACUCGACUUGGGGGGCCAGUGUAGUAGAGAAAAAUUUACGACAUUAUAAUUAACCAUA